CAAAUAGGGUUGGUCAUUACUCAUUCAUUAUCAUCACUGUUCCUAUUUAUCUGUCGAAUCCCAAUAUCCCAUUCCGUUUUUGCUUCUCUCCCUUUCGACAUUGUAAAUAAAAGAAACAGUUUUCACAUUGGUAAGAGAGAUUGUUGUACACUUGACGACAUACAUGUCUUCUUAUGUUUCAAGCUUUGCUACAAAAAUCCCACGUAUGGGAAAGGGGUACGAUGAUGUGUUCAGAGUGACCCAUGUCGUGAAACACUAUAAAGUGCCCUGCAAUCUCUCAAAGCAGCACAUUGGUUUUGUAUCGAAAUUCGACCAAAUUUGCACCUCUUCUGUGAUGGAGGAGGAGCAGGAAAAGUUGGGUUUUUUGUCUGAAGAAGGAGAGGAAUAUUGGACGGAAUUGGAGGUGGCUGUUAGAGCAGUGCAGAUGGCGUGUAACCUCUGCCAGAGAGUGCAGGACACUUUAAUUUCUAACAUUGGGACUAAUCAUCAUCAGGUGCAGUCCAAGGAUGAUAAUUCUCCGGUUACCGUUGCAGAUUGGAGUGUUCAAGCAGUUGUCAGCUGGAUGUUGUCAGAAUGUUUAGGGAGUGAAAAUAUCUCAAUUGUUGCUGAAGAAGAUGUUCAAACUCUAACCAAGGCUAAUGCAUCUCAACUGUUAGAAGCCGUGGUUGAAACUGUGAAUAAAAGUCUAGCUGAAGCACCUCGAUUUGGAGUUCAGGAGCCAAAAUCAGCUCUUAAAACAUCAGAUGUUCUUGAAAUCAUUAGUCGCUGUAACUCAACUGGGGGUCCCACUGGAAGAUUUUGGGUACUGGAUCCUGUAGAUGGCACAUUAGGUUUUGUACGUGGAGAUCAAUAUGCUGUAGCUCUAGCACUCAUAGAAGAUGGAGAAGUGAAACUUGGUGUUCUUGGAUGUCCUAACUACCCAAUGAGGAAGGAAUGGUUAAGUUAUCAUCACCGCUAUCAUAGGAUAAUAUCCAAAUUGACUCCCCCAAGUUCUGAAACUUGGAACAAAGGUUGUGUGCUAUAUGCUAAAAAGGGUAGUGGGAAAGCUUGGAUGCAACCGCUGCUCCAUGUCAAUAAGAUGUUUGUGUGGCCAAACCAUGCAAAACAAGUUUCUGUCUCUCCCGUUGACAAUCCUGCGCUAGCCACUUUUUGUGAACCAGUUGAGAAGGCGAAUUCAAGCCAUUCUUUUACAGCAGGACUGGCUCAUAGUGUUGGUCUCAGGAAACAACCGUUAAGAGUAUACAGCAUGGUGAAAUAUGCAGCAAUAGCUCGUGGCGAUGCUGAGGUUUUCAUGAAGUUUGCAAGGGCUGGUUACAAGGAGAAAAUAUGGGAUCAUGCUGCAGGUGUUAUCAUCAUACAAGAAGCUGGUGGGAUGGUAACAGAUGCUGGAGGACUUCCCCUAGACUUCUCGAAAGGCUUAUAUUUGGAAGACCUUGAUCGUGGUAUAGUUGCUUGUUCUGGAGCCACACUACAUGAAAAGAUCAUUGAAGCCGUUGAUGCCAGUUGGGGCUCUUCUAGCCUUUGAGGCUGUUUCUGUUAACUUAAAUGUAUACACGGAAAAUAAUGUUAAUAAUGAUUCACCUUUUAUUUUCUGUUUUACAUAAUAUCUUCACCUUCAGUUAUUUUUUAUGUAUUGCUAACAACAUACGAGCUUGUUAGCGUACAAUUGUAUUGUUUGGCAUUGUAAUAACACGAAGUUGUCAUGAGUUCUUAGCAUAGUGAAUGCCAUUUAUUGAAAAUGAUUCUUCUUGGGAGGGAUUCAUGGACCAAAUACUGUUGCAACUCUAUACAGUUGUUCACCUUCUAUGUGUAGCAUUCAGCUUCUGGGCAAAUGGCUAACCCUGUAGUCCUCCUUUUUAUUUUA